CUUUUUAAAGCGAGAUAAAUGGGCUGCUUCGUUAGCCCGUGGAUCCCCGAGUCCAGAGCCGCUGCUGCAGCUGGAGCGGGUUUCUGGGUCUAAAUGACCGGUCGUGCGAUGGGAGUUUGUCUCCUUGAGGGAAACAUCGACCUGAAGCAUCAACACCAACCACACCUGAACUGAACACACACUAACAUACACCUGUGUGGCCACACACACACACACACACACACACACACACACACACACACACACACACACCCUCAGACCAUAGAGGGAGUUGUUUUUUCACUCUCAGGUCAGACACUGCCGUCCCACGGUGCAUUGCUGCGUCACCGUCGUCCACCAUGUCGGACGCCCCCGAGGCUGCGCCCCCCAGCCCCCCUCCCCUCACCAACCCUCCUCCCCCUGAGGUCACCAAUCCCACCAAACCUGGCAGAAAAACCAACCAGCUGCAGUACAUGCAGAACGUGGUGGUGAAGACUCUGUGGAAACAUCAGUUUGCCUGGCCUUUCUACCAACCUGUCGACGCCAUCAAGCUCUGCCUCUCGGACUACCACAAGGUGAUCAAGAAUCCGAUGGACAUGGGAACCAUCAAGAAACGUCUGGAGAACAAUUACUACUGGAGCGCCAGUGAGGCCAUGCAGGAUUUCAACACCAUGUUCACCAACUGUUACAUCUACAACAAGCCGACAGACGACAUCGUGCUGAUGGCUCAGGCUUUAGAGAAAAUCUUCCUGCAGAAAGUCGCUCAGAUGCCUCAGGAGGAAGUGGCUCUGCUGCCUCCAGCUCCCAAAGGAAAGAACAAGAGCAAGCAGCCCACCACUGCUACCACAG